AUGGAACGCUUCCUGGUCGGCCCGAGGUUGGCUGACUGGCGACGCGCGGACACCAUCGGGAAAUGCCAGCUCCUCAGCGGUCUGCUGGCCACGUGGAGGGUGGAAGGCCUCUGGUGGGAUCUCGUCCUGAAGGUACAGGAAGAGAACGACCUUCAAGGCCCAUCCUUCCUACGCUUACUCAAGAAGGUACGCGAGGCACCCUUGAAGAAGAACAUCCUGCUGAAAAACAAUUGGCGAUGCAGGGCACCCAGGUUCUGGUGGCGGGAAGAAGCCACCGACCACGCCUGCUGGGAAGAGGCGCUAGCAGCCUCGAUCGCGUCUGCUCCGCCGAUCACGCCCCAG